AGAGAGGGGAUGCGGUGGCGAGGGUCAGCUGCUUCCCUGUGGCGUGAUUCAUUUGCGUGCUCUCCAUGAUGAUGCCCUUCCCCAAAUGACCCGUUCCGUCCCAGCUAGGCUCUAAACGCCAGCCAUGGAGUUCUCAAAAGAAAUCCCAGGGGAAGAAGCUAGAACUUAAAGAGGCUAUGAAACAUGUUCAUAUUACUGGAUUACCACAGACAAGGAGUCAGACCAAGGCCUCGGUAACCAAGCCCAAGGACUGUUUCAUGGCAUCUCUGUUGAUUUGUGAGUAAUCAGAAAUGCAAAUAGCCCCUCAGGAAUCAAGCUAAAAUCAAAGAAACCUUACUUACAAAUUUCAAGGAGUGUAUCAUGGAGUGCCAGACUGAGGGAAAGGGAAAACACCAGCAUUGCUUGAAUUUACUAGAUAAAAUUAAGACUAUGAAAGAAUUAGAAGAAAUGAUUGAUGUAGUGCUCAUAGCAGAAGAGGAGAAAUUCCCUUGCCACAGACUGGUCCUCGCUGCAUUUAGUCCUUAUUUCAAGGCUAUGUUCACCUGUGGACUACUCGAGUGCACUCAGAGGGAGGUCAUACUCUAUGACAUCACAGCAGAAAGUGUUUCAGUGAUACUAAACUACAUGUACAGUGCAGUUCUGGAGAUCAAUAAUGCCAACGUACAGACUGUAGCAAUGGCUGCCUAUUUUAUGCAGAUGGAAGAAGUCUUUAGUGUGUGCCAAAAAUAUAUGAUGGACCACAUGGAUGCCUCCAACUGCAUAGGAAUCUAUUAUUUUGCAAAACAAAUUGGAGCAGAAGAUUUAUGUGAUCAGUCAAAGAAGUACUUAUAUCAGCACUUUGCUGAGGUAAGCCUACAUGGAGAAAUACUAGACAUCGAAGCUCACCAGCUCCUGGCACUUAUUAAGUCUGAUGAUCUGAAUAUAUCCAGAGAAGAGAGCAUUCUGGACUUGGUUCUGAGAUGGGUAAAUCAUAACCAAGCCUUGCGCACAGAGCAUCUCGUUGAGCUUUUGAAGCAAGUCAGACUGGAACUUAUCAAUGCUUCCUUUCUAAGACAGGCCCUAAGAAGGAACACGAUGCUCCUUUGUGAUGGUAGUUGCAUUGACAUAAUCCAGAAUGCAUUUAAAGCCAUCAAGACACCCCAGCAGCACUCCCCUAAUCUUCGCUAUGGCAUGGAGACCACCAGUCUGCUGCUUUGCAUUGGGAACAAUUCUUCUGGAAUCAGAUCACGGCACAGGAACUAUGGGGAUGCCAGCUUUUGUUAUGACCCCGUGUCACGCAAGACCUAUUUCAUUUCAUCACCCAAGUAUGGGGAGGGCUUGGGAACAGUGUGCACUGGGGUCGUCAUGGAAAACAAUACUGUAAUUGUGGCUGGAGAAGCAACUGCCUCUCGACUCUCUAGGCAAAAGAACAAGAAUAUUGAAAUUUAUAGGUAUCAUGAUAGAGGAAACCAGUUUUGGGAAAAGUUAUGCACAGCUGAAUUUCGAGAGCUCUAUGCUCUGGGCAGCAUCCAUAAUGACCUCUAUGUCAUAGGAGGACAGAUGAAGAUUAAAAACCAGUACCUCAUUACAAACUGUGUUGAUAAGUACUCCGUAGACCAAGACAACUGGAAACGAGUGUGUCCCCUUCCACUGCAGUUGGCUUGUCAUGCUGUGGUAACAGUGAACAAGAAACUCUAUGUCAUCGGAGGCUGGACUCCUCAGAUGGAUCUUCCUGAUGAAGAGCCUGAUCGAUUAAGCAACAAACUGUUGCAAUAUGACCCCAGCCAAGAUCAAUGGAGAGAGCGGGCACCCAUGCAGUACUCUAAGUACCGGUUCAGUGCAGCUGUCGUCAACGGUGAGAUCUAUGUUCUGGGUGUCCUUAACAGCACUCAGAAGACCAGGCUUGCAUGUGGCCCCUAGACUGCAACUUGGCUACAGCAGAGUCUGCCACUCAUGCCCUGAAGGUUCUGUAUUUCAUCAUGGCGUGAUGUUCCUUCAGGACAUAACUCCAGCACGCUGCAUUAUGUGUGUGCUCUCCACGGAGACUCUGAGUGUCUUAGGGACAGAACACAAAAACCAGACGCUGCUUAUUGCCUGAUACAAGUAUGUUUGAUACAAGUAUGAACUGGGCAUAGGAAAUUUUAGAUUGCUUGAAGUUUAAAAUGGUUUUGAGGCCUGGAAAGAUGGUACAAGAACACUGGAGUUUAGUUCUUAGCAUCCAGAUCAGUCAGUUCACAAACUGCUUGUAACUCUGGCUCCAGAGGAUCUGAUGCCUUCUUCUGAUCUCUGCAGGUGCCAGGGUGAUGCAGACUUACAUGUAGGCAAAACAUUCAUACACAUAAAAGUAAAAUAAAUACAUUAAAAAUAAUGCAUUCAGAAUCCCUAACGGUAGAAUACAGGUGUUAGUAUUUUUAAUAGUGUGUGUGUGUGUGUGUGUGUGUGUGUGUGUGUGUGGUUUGUAUGCAUUCGAGCACUCAAGUAUGCCCCUGCACAUAUGUGGAAAACAACUCUUAGUAGUUGGUUCUUGCUUUCCACUUUGGGUUGGGGUCUCCUUGUUUCUUCUGCUGCACUGCACACUCCAGGCUAGAUGGCCUGUGAGCUUCCAGACAUCCUCCUGUCUCUGCCUCCCACCUCCCUGUAGAAGUCCUAAAAUUACAGAAACAAAUCCAGCUUUUUACAUAGAUUCUGAGAAUCAAACUCAGGUCCUCCAGUGAACAGAUCUAAUACUUUUACCUCCCGAUCCAUCUCUCCCACUCUGAUCUUCUUUCUUCAAAUUCUGUUAAGCCCCACUUAAGAGAAAGACAUCAGGCUUGGCACCUCAGGAAAUACAAAGGUGCACACCAUGCCUUGAAGGACUUCUGCUUUGUGCCUCCUAUGCUUUUGAGCUGGGAUAUAUUUGAUUGGUGGAUCUUUGCAGAGGUAAUAGUGGGGGGUUGGUCUGUAUCCUGUUAGGUGGUCCAACCCAAGUCAGGAGAGGCUAAUCAUCCUGGUAGGCAGGCAAGCCCGUGGAGAAGAAUCAAGUCUCAUUCACACGUGGUCUGCUUCUGAAGCCAUCCAGGUACUGAGUGCUGAGUUCUUUGGUGCUUAGCACUUGCCUCAUUCUACAGUUAGUCAUGGGGAAACAGGUGACCUGGGAAAAGGGUGAGGAAACUGCCGUUCAUCCGUUCACCUCAGUUUCAGUGAAGAAAGAAAGUGCUGGGAGUUCUGUCCUCAGGGUGCUUUAGGCUAAUCUAAUAGAAAGGGCGGAGAGAGGGAGAGAGCGAGAGCACAUUUUUCUAGGAACCUUGAUUUCCGUCUAGGGGACAAAGUCUCAUCCAUGGAGACAGGAAUGACUUUCUGGGAGGGUGUAGGCAAGCUAGGAGACAGGAAUGACUUUUUGGGAGGGUGUAGGCAAGCUAGGCCUUAAAGGCACAGGAGUAUGUCAAGCUGGGGAAGGAGUGUCAGAGAAUGCAGCCUGAGAAAAGGACAGAGAGAAAGGUCUUGACUCUGUGGGGAACUGUUGAGCUAUCUCAACCCAGGUGCAGGGCGGGAAAAGAAAGCCAGGGAUGUGAGGAGGGCAGGACCUGGAUUAUCCAGAGCCUUGUGCCCCUUUAGAGGAAGGAGUAGAUAUGAAAAUAGACACAGUCUACAGAACUGGUGACUAAGAACGAUAUGGAAGACAAUGGCACCGUUCAUCUGGGGCUGUUGCCUCUCACUUGUGGCCUAGACUGGUCAUCUGCUAAACUUGCUCAGAGUUGCUGUUCCAGCCCCAUCCUGAGCUGUUCUCUCCUUGGGGACUCAACAACCCUCGGGCCUUUGGAGGCCCUGCAGUACACACUGGCACAGUAUGGGAAGAGACCAGGAAAGAUGAACUCAGGGUCUGAAAUGCCCGGGUGUGACUAGAAACACCGCUGCCCAGUGCUGGGUUGAGACGACGGCCUAGGGUUGCUCACGGUCUACUGGAUGGGACUUGACUGCAGCUCACGUGGCACCAGUGGCUCCGCGCCAGGGCUUCCUGUGUCCUUACUUUCUUUCUCUUAUUUUUCUCGGUUGUGUCACUCUAGGACUGUCUAUUCACCUUCGACUUGGAAGGCACAAAACAGUUCAAAUAUGUGGCUUUUUUCUCUCCAAAAUCAAGCUCUAAUACAUGAAACUUGGUCUUUCUGCUGGUUUUUUUUUUUUCUGAGAUUUUUGUUUUUGGGGGGGUAGUGGGUUGUGGUAUUCUGCUUGAGUAGCAAAUAAAAUGCAAAGCAGAUUGUUAACAUUCUCAGCUUGGUGAGAGAUGUGUGGGAACCACCAACCCAAGUUCUCUGGACCCAAGGCAUACCGCUGGUUAGCAAUGCCUAGCAUUAUCCAGAAUUUGGUAAGAGGAAGUAAGAACUUUUUACUGAAAAUGCCCAAGAGUCCCUGUGUUAGGCUUUAGAAAGUGAUAAGUUGAUUUUUUUUUUUUUAAGGUUUUAGGCUUGACACCUAGAAUUCUAAAAUAACUUGGGGGGAGGGUCAGAGAGCUGACAGCUUUCAUGAGAAUGAAGCAGAUUUGUCAAAAGCAUGCCAUUAGUAGGCAGGGGCUAAGAUCCACCUGGGAGAAAGAAGCCGGGCAGCUCAGAGAUGGGCCACUUUGACUCCAAGAAGCUGAAGAUUUCUAGAAUGUUCUUCCCCACAGUUCUUACAGCCCAAAUGCUUAUGGCUGGUAAGUGGCUCUGUGGGGUCAGAGAGAGCAUCUGAUGCCUGAUGGGUUUUGGCUUUUUGAGACAGAGCCUUACUCUGUAGCCCUGGCUGGAUUGAUACUCAUUAAGUAAUUUGGGCUGGCCUCAUACUUAUUAUGUAGCCCAGGCUAGGCUCAAACUCAUGGCAAUCCUCUUGCCUCAGCUUCCCAAGUGUUAGGAUUACAGGCAUGUAAUACCAUAGCUUUUGGCUAUCUUGACCUGAUUCCCUCUACCCAGGUUGAAAAGAAAUGUCUAGGAGCAUUUGACCCUAUACCAAUAAACCAGCAAUUGUACACAUAAAAAUUCACUUGAGAGUAGUCACAAGCACUCAAGAAUUUCAGAGAACACUGGUGUACUAAAACCCCACAGAACAUGACAGAAAAUAAUGGUCAUCUGAGCACCAGCCACAUGUGUGCCAUGUUACUUCGAUGGAGUAUACAAGAGGAAGUAUGUAAAAGAAAAUUCCCUUGGUGAUGCCCACGAGUGCUCUGAGUUACUCCUUGCUUCCUCCUUUCCAUGGUUGUUAUCUAAGCAGUUUGAUCCUUGUCACACUUUAUGCAAUUGGCAUUAUUAUCUUCAGUUUACAGGUGAGAGUGACGGAGGCUUAGAACAAUUAAGCAAUCAACCGCAUUUGGCUAUCAAGUAGUGCUACAAGGAUGUGAACCAGGAUCUGUUUCUAAAGGUCCACAUGCUUUCACCAUGGCACAUGGGUGCCCCACCACCGCCACCACAUAGUCAGUGCCCCACCCCAAGCUUAAUUUAGCAAUACAAGCAACUUUGGUAGUUUGUCAUAAAUGUUAAUGAAAUCCUUCUGCUUUGGAUCGAGCCCAGAACAGGGUAGAAUAAGCCUGCCACCUUGAAGCUGCCCCGUAGCAGAAGGGUAUGGACUGUAUUCAUGGGUAACCGGAUGGCAAGUCCAAGACAGCCUUCAGCCAGCUGUCUGCCAGGCUCUCUGUGGGAGGACAAGCUGACUCCCACACACCACCAGAAAUGAAAGAACCCAUCAUAGCCCAACAUCAGAGGAAGGAAUCUUUAUCUUUGUGGGAAUAAAAUGAAGAAAGAGUG